AUGAACGAAGCUCACCCUCCCAAGUUAAUAUUUGUGGACAAGAAGUUAUCAUUGAUAAAUGGUGGCAGACAUAUCCACGGAAUAUUAUGGAGAUUUGAUCUCUUUACAAAUCCUAUGAUAGACAAAUGUGUGGACACGGCAACUAGUGGGCAACAAAACAAUGUUGGAAUGGUGGUAAUACAAGCAAAUAAUAUCACCUCAGAAGCCCUGGAAUGUGUUCACCAGAGAAAUCAACUGCUCCCCCAUGUCCCCUUCUCCACAUCACCUGUUUCACUGCAAUGUAAAAAGCAGGUCGUGUACAUUUUCAUAUUAAACUUUUUUGUGAAACGUCUGUAA